AUGGCAGGACUUGGAUCAGCCUUCAUCCAGUCGGAGAGUAUAAUAGAAGUCCUGCGUUUUGGUGAUGGAGGGCUACUGCAGACUGAGACAACCCUUGGACUCGGUUCUUAUCAGCAGAAAAGUAUAUCUCUGUACCGGGGUAAUUGCAGACCUAUACGAUUUGAGCCACCAAUGCUUGAUUUCCAUGAACAACCAGUUGGAAUGCCAAAAAUGGAAAAAGUUUACUUACACAAUCCUAGCUCUGAAGAAACUAUUACUUUAAUAUCCAUUUCUGCUACAACGUCACAUUUUCAUGCAUCAUUUUUUCAAAGCAGGAAAAUUCUUCCAGGAGGAAAUACAUCAUUUGAUGUCGUUUUUCUUGCAAGAGUAGUGGGGAAUGUAGAAAACACUUUAUUUAUUAACACAUCUAAUCAUGGAGUAUUUACUUACCAGGUAUUUGGUGUUGGAGUUCCAAAUCCUUAUCGACUGAGGCCAUUUCUCGGGGCCAGAGUCCCUGUGAAUAGCAGUUUCUCCCCUAUAAUAAGCAUUCACAACCCUCACAGUGAGCCUUUACAGGUUGUAGAAAUGUACUCUAGUGGAGGAGACCUUCACCUUGAACUUCCAACAGGUCAGCAAGGAGGUACCAGAAAACUAUGGGAAAUUCCACCUUAUGAAACCAAAGGAGUGAUGCGAGCCAGUUUUUCAUCUAGAGAAGCAGAUAAUCACACAGCCUUCAUAAGAAUAAAGACGAAUGCUUCCGACAACGCGGACUUCAUCAUCCUGCCCGUGGAGGUGGAAGUGACGACAGCUCCUGGAAUCUAUUCUUCAACCGAAAUGUUAGAUUUUGGUACACUACGAACACAAGAUCUGCCAAAAGUUUUAAAUCUUCAUUUAUUAAAUUCAGGAACAAAAGAUGUACCAAUAACUAGUGUUCGACCUACACCACAAAAUGAUGCUAUAACGGUACAUUUUAAACCAAUUACAUUAAAAGCUUCAGAGAGUAAAUACACUAAGGUUGCAAGUAUUAGUUUUGAUGCAUCAAAGGCCAGAAAAACAUCGCAGUUUUCUGGGAAAAUAACUGUGAAAGCAAAGGAAAAGAGUUAUUCCAAACUUGAGAUACCGUAUCAGGCGGAAGUUUUAGAUGGUUAUUUGGGAUUUGAUCAUGCGGCAACAUUAUUUCACAUCCGAGACAGUCCUGCUGAUCCUGUGGAAAGGCCAAUUUAUCUUACUAACACUUUCAGUUUUGCGAUCCUCAUUCAUGAUGUUUUACUACCAGAAGAAGCCAAAACCAUGUUUAAAGUUCACAACUUCAGCAAGCCCGUCUUAAUUCUUCCAAAUGAGGCAGGCUACAUUUUCACCCUGUUUUUUAUGCCGUCUACAUCAUCCAUGCACAUAGAUAACAAUAUUUUACUGAUUACCAAUGCAUCUAAAUUUCACUUACCUGUGCGGGUGUACACAGGCUUUUUAGAUUACUUUGUAUUGCCACCCAAAAUAGAGGAACGUUUCAUAGAUUUUGGCGUACUGAGCGCUACGGAAGCAAGUAGCAUUUUAUUUGCAAUUAUAAACAGCAAUCCAAUUGAGUUGGCUAUAAAAAGUUGGCAUAUCAUAGGAGACGGUUUAUCAAUAGAACUUGUAGCCACAGAAAGAGGCAAUAGAACGACCAUCAUUUCAAGCCUUCCGGAGUUAGAAAAAUCCUCAUUAUCAGACCAGUCAUCUGUCAUAUUAGCUUCAGGCUAUUUUGCAGUAUUCAGAGUCAAACUUACUGCAAAAAAACUGGAAGGCGUUCAUGACGGAGCCAUACAGAUCACAACAGAUUAUGAGAUCUUAACAAUUCCUGUGAAGGCUGUGAUCGCAGUGGGUUCGCUUACUUGCUUCCCAAAGCAUAUGGCUCUCCCACCAACCUUUCCAGGUAAAAUAGUUCAUCAAAGUUUAAAUAUUAUGAACUCCUUCUCACAGAAGGUAAAGAUACAACAAAUACGUUCCUUAUCUGAAGAUGUGCGGUUUUAUUACAAACGAUUACGGGGCAACAAGGAAGACUUGGAGCCAGGGAAGAAAUCAAAGAUCGCAAACGUUUAUUUUGAUCCGGGACUGCAGUGUGGGGACCAUUGCUACGUUGGGUUGCCUUUUCUAUCCAAAUCCGAACCCAAAAUCCAGCCUGGUGCGGCCAUGCAGGAAGAUCUGUGGGAAACUGACUGGGAUUUGCACCAAAGCCUGUUCAAAGGCUGGAUGGCAAUAAAGGAAAAUGCAGGUCACAGAUUGAGUGCUGCAUUUGAAGUAAAUACAGACCUUCAAAAAAACAUAGUAUCAAAAAUCACCGCUGAGCUCUCGUGGCCCUCCAUACUCAGCUCUCCCCGGCACCUGAAAUUUCCACUUACUAAUACGAACUGCUCUUCAGAAGAAGAGAUUACUUUAGAAAAUCCCGCAGAUGUUCCUGUCUAUAUUCAAUUUAUUCCUCUGGCUUUAUAUUCCAGCCCUUCAGUCUUUGUAGAUAAGUUAUUGUCAAGGUUUAACUUGAGUAAGGCGGCAAAGAUAGAUUUGAGAACACUAGAAUUCCAAGUCUUCCGGAAUAAUGCUCUUCCACUGCAGAGUUCAGCAGGAUUUACAGAGGGCCUCUCUCGACAUUUAAUUUUAAACCUCAUUUUAAAACCCGGGGAAAAGAAAUCUGUCAAAGUGAAGUUUACUCCGGUUCACAACAGAACUGUUUCUUCACUGAUCAUAGUCAGAAACAACCUGACUGUGAUGGACGCUGUGAUGGUACAAGGGCACGGGACCACUGAGAACUUGCGAGUGGCCGGCAAGCUGCCAGGCCCUGGGAGCUCCUUACGCUUUAAAAUCACAGAAGCACUGUUAAAAGAUUGUACAGAGACUUUGAAACUAAGAGAACCAAAUUUCACAUUGAAAAGAACAUUUAAAGUUGAGAACACAGGACAGCUUCAAAUUCACAUAGAAGCCAUAGAAAUCAGUGGCUACCCCUGUGAAGGAUACGGCUUUAAAGUUGUUAAUUGUCAAGAGUUUGCACUAAGUGCCAAUGCUUCUAAGGACAUCAUUAUAUUGUUUACUCCUGAUUUCACAGCUUCUAGAGUUAUUCGAGAACUGAAGUUUAUAACGACAAGCGGCUCUGAGUUUAUCUUUAUUUUGAACGCAUCCCUUCCGUACCAUAUGUUAGCCACCUGUGCAGAAGCCCUACCGAGACCCAACUGGGAACUGGCUCUGUACAUCAUCAUCUCAGGAAUAAUGAGUGCCCUCUUCCUGUUGGUCAUUGGAACAGCCUACUUGGAAGCUCAAGGGAUCUGGGAGCCGUUUCGGAGGCGACUGUCCUUUGAGACCUCCAACCCGCCCUUUGAUGUGGGCAGGCCAUUUGACCUCAGGAGAAUUGUUGGCAUUUCAUCCGAAGGAAACUUGAACACACUCGGCUGUGACCCCAGUCAUGGCCGCGGCUUCUGUGGAGCAGGCGGCCCGGCAUCCAGACCCGGUACAGGGGGUCACAAGCAGUGCGGCACGUCAGUCCAUCCACACAGCAACCACAGCAAUAGAAACUCGGCUGACGUAGAAAGCGUCAGAUCCAAAAACAGUGCAAGUAUCUCUAGCAGGACUUCUGCACAAGCAGCUUCCUCCCAGGCAGCUAGCAAGACAAGCCCCCUGGUCUUAGAUUCAAACUCUGCGACCCAGGGCCAUACAGCAGGCAGAAAGUCCAGAGGGGCCAAACAGAACCAGCAGAGCAGCCAGCACCAUGUCCACAGCACGCUAGAGCAGCACUCCCCACCCCCACCACCGCCAGUGCCUCACCAUCCGGAGCCGCAGCCCGAGAGGCUGUCCCCUGCCCCCCUCGCACACCCGGCCCACCCAGAACGUGUCAGCAGCACAAGGCACAGCUCAGAGGACUCGGACAUCACCAGUCUCAUAGAAGCCAUGGACAAAGACUUCGACCACCACGACUCCCCGCCCCUGGAAGUGUUUACAGAGCAGCCUCCGUCGCCAUUGUCAAAAAACAAAGGGAAAGGAAAGCCUCUUCAACGCAAGGUGAAAACCCCCAAGAAGCAAGAAGAAAAGGAGAAGAAAGGGAAGGGGAAGCCACAGGAGGACGAGCUGAAAGACUGCCUGGCCGAUGACGACAGCUCCUCCACCACCACCGAGACCUCCACCCCAGACACAGACCCACUGCUCAGAGAGGAUACAGAAAAACAAAAGGGAAAACAAGCCAUGCCUGAAAAACAUGAAAAUGAAGCAGUGAAGCAAAAAAGCAAAAAGCUCUUAAAUGUUAAAAAAGAAAUCCCCACAGAUAUGAAGCCCAGUUCGGUAGAGCUACCUUAUACGCCCCCGUUGGAAAGUAAGCAACGUAGAAACCUCCCGACCAAGAUUCCGCUUCCAACUGCAUUGAUGACUGGAUCCAAGUCACGAAAUUCCCAGAAAGCGAAAGGUACAAGUAAGUUAGCGGACAGCAGGCCGCCUGCCCUCGCCAAAUUCCUCCCGAGCAGUCAAGAACUGGGCAACACGAGCAGCUCGGAGGGCGAGAAGGACUCUCCUCCCCCGGAGUGGGACUCUGUGCCUGUCCACAAACCGGGUAGCUCUGCCGACAGUCUUUAUAAACUUUCUCUGCAAACCCUCAACGCAGAUAUCUUCUUGAAACAACGCCAGACCUCACCAACACCUGCCUCGCCCUCACCUCCCGCCACCCGGGGCAGCUACAGCAGCAUCGUCAACAGCAGCUGCAGCAGCUGCCCCCCUCUGGAUCCCAACCCCUCUGUGCUCUGUCUGUCGCAGUCGAUCCUCGGCGGCACCAGCGGGCUGUGGUCGUCCACCCCGUUCAGCAGCUCCAUCUGGUCCAGCAGCCUCGGCAGCGCCCUCCCCUUCACCACUCCAGCAAGCACGCUCUCCAGCAUUGGCCUCAUGGGCACAGAGAGCCCUCCUGCCCCUCCGGCUCCUGCCACCUCAAACCCGGCUGACGACCUGGGACAGACCUACAACCCGUGGCGGAUAUGGAGCCCCACCAUCGGGCGGCGGAGCUCCGACCCCUGGUCGAAUUCACACUUUCCCCAUGAGAACUGAAAUUAGCAAACAGGAUAACAUGGGGGUGGGGGGGAGGUCAUCUAGAUCAUGACACGCCAGUUUCUGAGACAACUGUUUAAGGCUCUUACUGCCGCAGCUUCCCACUCCCCCCUCCCGCCCUCCAUCUUUGCCGCACACACUCAGCAGGGCAAGCUGUACACGCGCUUCUUUCAGAUCUGUCUCGCAGUUGUGGUCAUACAAGAUUUGCUGUUGUGUUUCCAGAGAGAAGUCUGGACGUAGCCACCACCUCUUUAACAAGACACGUACACUUGACGCAAGUCUCACACACACACACACACACACACACACACACACACACACACACCCGUUCUUUAUCUCUGUAGACACCAAUUGGACAUUACAGCUGAGGAAAGAAUUUGAGUUAAUUCAGAAGUCCUGGCAUGUGACAAUUUUAUUCAAUUACCAAGUUUGGUUUUUAAUGAUUUUGCAAUAUUAUGCACCAAGAUCUAAUUUUAAAAAUGUGUAAGGACUUUGUGCUGACAAUUCCAGAGUAUUUUUUUAAAGUAAGGCUGUCUUGGUUUAAAAGCAGAUGCCAGCAGCGUAAGUCCGCUUGCAGAGCAGGGAGUGAAUGUAAACAUGUCCGGCGAGACAUCUGCGUGUUCUGUGCUGUUUGUACUUGAGGUAUGUAACAUUUGUAUACCUGACUUUGUUUUAAAGAUGAACCGAAAUGCGCAUAGCCAAGUCUUGAGAGACGAGAUUGAAUGUGUGUUUCUUAAAAAUACAACUUUGCGUUGUACUUUGAAAUAAAUGAUGCUUUUUUCAAAAGCC